AUGUCUCUCACCCCCUACCUAAACAAAAAAGUCCUCAUCAUAACCGUCGACGGCCGCACCCUCACCGGCACGCUCAUCAGCUGCGACCAAGUGACGAACCUCGUGCUCAAAGACACCAUCGAGCGCGUCAUUCGACCGCAGGAGGACGAGGAGCCGUCGGCUGAGCAGGCGCAUGGCUUGUAUCUGGUGCGGGGGGAUAAUGUGGUGAUUUGUGGGCUGGUGGAUGAGGAGUUGGAUGCGAGUAUUGAUUGGACGAAGGUGCGGGGGGAGGUGAUUGGGAGUACGAAGCAUGUAUGA